AAUGCACUGGAGACGGCUGACACAACAGCCUUCCAUCUGUUUGAAGAAUUUUUAGACUUGCUUGGUUUGACAAAUCUGACGAGUUCCCUGAAGGAAAUUGUGAAACGAAAAGAAGUAUACAAGCACAUCUUUCAUCUUUGCCCUGAUACUGAUGAUUCAUUUAUCAACCUUGAGUUUGGUUCUCUGUUGUUUAAAAUGAGAUACCAGUUCCCGCAGGCAUUCAAGCUUUGGGAAAAACAAUUUAACAACCCGACAUCAAUUUUCGAUGCCCUGAAGAAAUAUGCUUACAGACCAUUCCACAACGAUCCACAAAAAGAUGUAAUCGAUCCCAGGACGUACAUGUUCGUCAGAUUCUUUCUAGAUGAGGCUAAAGCUGCUGGCAAAGAUGUGGCAUUACCAACCACUUGGUCUCAAAAUACGGCGGAAUUAAAAACAGAAUCAAAGAAGGGGGUACAAAUGCCAGAAAACAUCAACAACGUAGAUGUAUUGAUCUGUGCUAACGUGGUCUAUGGAAUCACAGUGUCUAUUCUGUCAGGACUGAUCAGCCCAGAAAGUCUCCACGACGCGGCCAUUGCUCAAAUCUACCACAACGCCUCCACCUUGAUUGCCUAUGAGAUACAAACCAACUUGUCCAGCAGACCGGAACUGACGAUGCCGUUUUAUCCAUCACAAAUGCAGUUUUACUGGAUGGUUUCUAAGACCGUGGCAGCGCUGGAUGCCGCCAGAGUUCAAAGACCAUUGCCUGUACAGGUGAUGGAGGAGGUUCAUGAAGUGCUUCAGAAUGUUGCUAAAGGAAGCAUGACCAAGUACAUCCUGUCUGAAGCUAAAGCGGAUGAGCAUGGAGAUGUGUACUUUGAUGGGUUUCUUGGCAACGCAGAUCUCACACAGGACAACCAACAAUUACUCCGUGGAGAAGACAGGAUAUACACCACAGCAAUGGCGGUCAACGCUUUACUGGGCACUUGGACCCGUUUUAAUGAAACAUCCAGCAAAUCAAGUUGGAAAAAAGAUGUACCUCCCCAAGUGGAGCAGGUUGUGGAUGCAAGCGUGCGGUGGCUAACUAAGUACACAUUCAGUGGGAACUACGAACCUUGGAAUGCAGUCUUUUCUGUAGUAGAAAAAGACAAAUCAAUGGUCAUCAACCAAUACCCGGCCAACCUAUUCCAAGAUGUCAAUGGAACAGUGCUACCCUGGUCAAAAAGCUACAAUGUCGUCACAGACAUACUGGCUAUCAAAGGCUACAUCCCACCUACCCAGUACGCAAGUUUAUUCCCUUUCUGGAGCUCAGAAGCAUUGACGUAUUCUGCUACGCUAUUGGCUAUAAGUAGAUAUAAGGAGAUUGUCGGCUAA